AUGACACUGAAUAUCAGAAUUGACCCCGACUCGGAAUCCUCUAUCUCAGAUGAAGAAGACUCUUCUGGAGUGCAGGUUUCUCCUCCUUCUGAGUCUGAGAGUCAUGGGUACCAGGAUUCGUACGACGAAUGGGCGCAUCUAUCAUAUCCGGAUGAAUUGAAACCAUCGGAUUCCGCUUCUCGACCCAGAACAUCACGCCGGCUACGCGCACAUAGUUCAAUUCAUGGCCCUUCGUCUGCCGUUCGCCGCCACUCUACAAGGCAUCACAUGGCAUCGGAAAGGGACUCAUUUAGGCGUUCUCGUCGAAAUCCUUCGCCGGACUCCCCAGAGAGCGCAGACUCGGCUGAGGAAUAUGGUGUUCCAUAUGGGCGUAUGCCUCAAGAACGGAGAUUUUGGUCAGCUGUGCCUCAGGGCACACGGUACAAUCAUCAUUCCUCUCCGCGACAAUCAUAUGUCUAUCCUAAUGGGAACUCUAUACCGCAUGCUGCGUUUAUGCACCCCAAUGGCGUUGCGACUACAUCGGACCAGCUGAUAAGACUAGGCCAUCAAGGCCAGCAAAUACCGUAUGGUCAAUCGAUGUACGGGUACAACUCCCAAUCACCUGGUCCUCUGCCCCCUUUUCUAGCCCAUGAACGUCACCCAGGACAUCAAUCACACCCUAUCACAGCCGCUUCUCAUGGACGGAACGAAGGGCACAACCCGCCCCCACAUUCAAUAUCACACCACAUGCCAGGACAUGGUCCGCCUCCCUAUGGGCCCCAUGAUAUGAUGAUACCAUAUGGCCCAGGGACCUAUUAUCCUUUCCAGGAUCCUUACCAUGUGGUUCCUGGGAUGAUUCCGCCCUAUUACCAUCCAUAUCAUCGCGCGCCAUCUCCUAGUCAAGUCGAUCCACCCGAAUCCCCUGUCCCGGCACCUGCCGAUACAGAGAAGGAUGAAGCUAUUGCGAGACUCGAAAAACUGAUAUUGGAGGAAAGGACGGAGCGCGAAGCUCGGGAAGCCAGAGAGGCUGCCAAACAGGCUGCGACCGAACUGGAAGCCGCCCAGCAAGCCGCAAGAGAGGCACGUGCCGCGCACGAGAAGAAAAUAGCGGAGGACGCUGCCUCACAAGCAAGGGCGGAGGCCGAGCAGAAAGCUGCGGAGGAAGCCGCCAAAGCCAAGAAAGAAGCAGAAAAUGCGGCGGCUGCUGCUGUAGAAGCUGCUGCUGCUGCUGCGACAGAGGCAGCGAAUGCGGCAGCUGCAGAAGCUCUCGCAGCUGCAACAGCAGCCGCAGCGAAUCCGCCACCUCCGGAGAAAAAGAAGCCUAUAAAGUUCAAGGAUGCAGUCGGGAGGAAGUUCAGUUUUCCGUUUGACUUGUGCUGUACCUGGAAGGGCAUGGAAGAGCUUAUACGACAGGCAUUCCUUCAUAUCGAGGUGAUAGGUCCUCAUGUCGCUGAAGGACACUAUGAUCUGGUUGGCCCUAAUGGCGACAUAAUUCUGCCUCAAGUUUGGGAGACUGUUAUUGAACCAGACUGGACCAUAACUAUGCAUAUGUGGCCCAUACCAGAGAAACCCCAAGCCGCUGAGCCUGCCCCACCAGCAGAUGCAGUCGAAGAACCCUCGCCUCCACCCGAACCUACAGCAGCUCCAGAUGAGUCUGCAGUCCCUGUCGACGAGGAUUCCAAGAAAAAACUUGAUCAAGCAGGUCCUAAAAAGCCACGGGCGAAGGCUCCGGACCCUGGUGCUUUUGCAAUGUGGAUGGUGGGAGGCAACCGCCUAAGGUUAAACAAGGCUUUAAAAAUGGGAAAAAAGCCUAAGGCAGUCCAGCACGGUAUCUCCUGCCGUGUUAUGUAA